AUGGAGAAAAAUAAUGUUUUCGCUCUCAGGCAUGAAACCCCUGAUUUUUCAAGUGAUACCAUCGCUGCAAGAAUUCAACAGGCUGCUGAAGAAAUAUUUGCUAUCAACUUCAUGUCAACUCUGGAUGGAAAUCAGGUGCACCCUGGUGUUUCCAAUCUGUACGAUGAAAAUAAUGAAGAUGAUUCGGCAGAAAGUGACAGGGAGGAUGUAUUGGAAAGCAAUACUGAAGAAUUUGUAUAUGGUGAUCUAAAUGAAGAAGAGGAACCCCCAGAAAAUAGAUUUGGUUUAAUAAAUGCACAAAUUUUUCAAGAAUCAUAUGUUGAUUCCAUAGAAAAAAAGCAGAGACUUCUAUAA